AUGGACGCUUCGGCGACGUGCUACACCAUCAUCCAUGAUGACCUCCUCGACACCCCCUCGUCCCAGGACCUCCGGAACGCCCUCCAGAAGGGCUCGGACGAGGUCAAGCUCGAGACUAUGCGCCGUAUCAUCGUUGGAACGCUCAACGGUCAGAGCCAUCCCACGCUACUCAUGCCAAUCAUCCAAUAUGUCAUGCCGUCGCGUAACAAGCAGCUCAAGAAGCUGCUCCACUUCUACUGGGAGAUCUGCCCCAAGACCGAUGAGAACGGCAAGCUCAAGCAGGAGAUGAUCCUGGUGUGCAACGCCCUCCGUAACGACCUCCAGCACCCCAACGAGUACAUUCGUGGUGCGACGCUGCGCUUCCUACAGAAGAUCCGCGAGCACGAGCUCCUCGAGCCCCUCAUCCCCACCGUCCGCUCGUGCUUGGAACACCGUCACUCGUUUGUGCGCAAGAAUGCCGUCUUCACCGUCUACACCAUCUACCAGGACCACGAGCACUUGAUCCCCGACGCGCCCGAGUUGCUCGAAACCUUCCUUGUCGCCGAGUCAGACGCGACGUGCAAGCGUAACGCGUUCGUUGCGCUGUGCCACAUUUCGCAGCCCACAGCCGUGCGAUACCUCCUCUCAAUGGCCGACCAGAUUGCCGGCAUGGACGAGCUCAUGCAGAUGGCCGUCAUCGAGCUCAUCCGCAAGGAGGCGCGUCAGGAGGGCGGACACCGCGCGCGCUGGAUCCGCGCGAUCUUUGAGCUCCUCAACUCCCCCAGCCACACCGUCAAGUAUGAGGCUGCGACGAGCCUCACGACCCUAACCCAGAACCCCGCAGCUAUCAAGGCCGCGGCUGCCGCGUUCGCCGAGCUCAUCGUCAAGGAGGCGGACAACAACGUCAAGCUCAUUGUGCUUGACCGCUUUGACGCGCUCCGCUCCAAGCAUGAGCAUGUCCUCGACAGCAUGGUCAUGGACAUUCUCAAGGUGCUUAACAGCCCCGACAUGGAGGUCAAGCGGAAAGCGGUCGGCAUUGCGCUCCAGAUGGUUUCGAGCCGCAACGUUGAGGACGUUGUGCUCUUCCUCAAGAAGCAGCUCCAGUCGACGCUCGACGGUGACUUUGACAAGAACCUCGAGUACCGCCAGCUGCUCAUCCAGAGCAUCCACUCGUGCGCCAUCAGGUUCUCCGAAGUCGCCGCCAACGUCGUGUAUGUCCUCAUGGACUUCCUCGGCGACUCGAACAACCCGUCCGCCGUCGAUGUCAUCUCGUUUGUGCGCGAGGUCGUUGAGAAGUUCCCAGACCUGCGCCCCACCAUCACCGAGAAGCUCAUCCAGACCUUUGCGGAGAUCAAGUCGGGCAAGGUGUUCAGGGGCGCGAUGUGGAUUGUCGGCGAGUACUGCAACGGCGCGGCGGACAUCAAGCGCGCAUUAUUCGAGCUGCGCAAGGUGAUUGGGGAGAUCCCUAUCCUCGCGUCCGAGCAGCGGCUACUGGACGAGGCUGAGGCGGCUGACGAGGCGGCGGGCGUCCCAGAGAAGGAGGAGGCACCAAAGGCGAUCACAACCACUCGUGUGCUGGCUGACGGCACAUACGCGACUGAGACGGUGUACACGUCGACCGCGGCGGCAGCGCGCCUGGAGCAGGUUCGCGCGGCGGCCAAGCCACCACUCCGCGCCCUCAUCCUGGGCGGCGACUUCUUCACCGCCACCGUUCUCGCCUCGACCCUCACCAAGCUCGUGCUGCGCUUCUCCGAGCUCAAAUCGGACGCUCAGACCCUCAACACACUGCGCGCCGAGGCCAUCCUCAUCAUGACCUCGAUCAUCCGCGUCGGCCAGUCCAAGUUUGUGACGGCGCCCAUCGACGAGGACUCGCAGGAGCGCAUCAUGAACUGCAUCGAGUCAUUGGCAGAGCUGCAGAACUCGAAGGCGGUCCACGAGAUCUUCCUGUCCGACACACAGGCUGCGUACGCCAAGAUGCUGGCGGCCGAGGAGAAGAAGGCCAAGGCCAAGAAGGCGCUAGAGUCGAAGAAGGCGCAGGUGCAGGCCGACGACCUGAUCCAGUUCUCGCAGCUCGUGACGAAGCGCAACUCGGACGAAGAUGACUUUGAGGCCGACGUCGUGCGCGCGACCGGUGCUGCCGAGGUCAAGGACGACUUUGUGUCCAAGCUCGCUCGGAUAGUGCAGCUCACAGGCUUCUCGGACCCAGUGUACGCCGAGGCGGUUGUCAACAUUCAGCAGUUUGACAUCAUGCUCGACGUCCUCAUUGUCAACCAGACCAACGAGACGAUGCAGAACCUCACGAUCGAGUUUGCGACCCUUGGCGACCUGAAGCUUGUCGAGCGUCCAGCACCAUACACUCUCGGCCCGCACGGUUUCCACAACAUCAAGGCGACGAUCAAGGUGUCGUCGACCGAGACUGGUGUCAUCUUUGGCAACAUUGUCUACGACAAGCAGGGCGCUUCUGACGCGAGCGUCAACAUUGUCCUCAACGAUGUGCACGUCGACAUUAUGGACUACAUCAAGCCUGCGUACUGCAACGAGGCCCAGUUCCGGAGCAUGUGGACCGAGUUCGAGUGGGAGAACAAGGUCAAUGUCAACACGCAGAUCUCAGACCUGCGCGCCUACCUCGACCACAUUAUGAAGAGCACCAACAUGGCGUGUCUGACGCCCGACGCGUCGCUCUCGGGAGACUGCGACUUCCUUAGCGCCAACAUGUGUGCGCGCUCGCUGUUUGGUGAGGACGCGCUGGCCAACCUCUCGAUCGAGAAGACCGAGGACGGAGCUAUCCAGGGCCACGUGCGUAUCCGUUCAAAGACACAGGGUAUUGCUCUGUCCCUCGGCGACCGCAUUACGCUGUUGCAAAAGACGCUCAAGACAUAG